AUGAGGAUAUCCCUCUCCGUAUACGCGGCCCUUACGGUUGUGUUGACCUUUGUGUGCCAUCCGACACUUGCCGCCGUUGGACCUCGGGCGACUCUCAAAGUCUCGAAUAAGGUGGUUAAUCCUGAUGGCUUCAAGCGCUCAUCCACUGUUGUCCAAGGUUCUCACCCUGGCCCCCUAAUCACUGCUAAAAAGGGGGAAACAUUUCGCUUGAAUGUCGUCAAUGAUCUUACCGAUAAAACCAUGCUGAGAAGUACCAGUAUACACUGGCACGGGAUGCUCCAACAUCAAUCUGCUUGGGCAGAUGGACCAGUAGGAAUCACGCAGUGUCCCAUCUCGCCUGGAAGAUCUUUUCAAUAUGAAUUUACGAAUAAGGACAAGGCCGGGACGCACUGGUAUCACUCCCAUUUCGGAACACAGUACUGCGACGGACUUCGUGGACCCAUUGUCAUUUAUGAUCCACAAGAUCCACAUAGGUUGUUGUAUGACGAAUCGACCGUCAUCACACUGGCCGACUGGUUUUUAAGGUACCAUACUGUGGGACCAUCGUUAGGAGGCAUCCCCAUCGCCGACUCAACGUUGAUCAAUGGAUUGGGGAGAUAUCCUGGGGGGCCAGCAGCACCUCUCGCAAUCAUCAAUGUUCAGAGGGGACGCCGAUACCGCUUCCGUCUGGUGUCCAUGUCUUGUGAUCCCAAUUAUAUGUUCUCGAUAGAUGGUCAUGACAUGACUGUUAUAGAGGCCGAUGGAGAGAAUACGGUUCCGAUGACUGUGAAUGCCAUCCAGAUCUUUGCAGGGCAGCGAUAUUCAUUCGUUCUCCAUGCUAACCAAAAUGUCGACAACUACUGGAUACGCGCCCUUCCGAACGCCAUUACUCCAGAGAUGGAGCUCGCGAAGGGAUUCAAAGGUGGUAUUAACUCCGCUAUCCUAAGAUACAAGGGAGCCCGUGCUGUCGAUCCGAAGACGACACAGCAGAAGAAAGUCAACCUUCUGUCGGAAGCCAAACUUCGGCCGCUACUUCUUGAUCCUCGUGCUCCCGGAAAGCCUUACCCAGGAGGGGCCGACGUUAACAUCAACCUCGACAUGUCCAUGAACUCUCAAGGCUUUACGAUCAACGGCAAAAACUUCCAUGAACCCUCCGUUCCUUUGCUCUUGCAACUGAUGAGCGGUGCCAAAACAGCACAAGAACUGCUCCCUGAUGGGCCGCUUUUCGUUCUUCCGCGAAAUAAGGUCAUAGAAUUGACGAUGCCAGCAGGCGUUGUUGGGGGACCGCACCCCUUCCAUCUUCACGGACAUCCAUUCAGCGUGGUUAAGAGUGCAGGAGAGACUAAACCCAACUAUCUCAACCCUCUUCGAAGAGAUGUCGUUAGUGCCGGGGAUAUUGGCAGCAAUGUCACCAUCCGCUUCGUGACAGACAAUCCCGGUCCAUGGAUAAUGCAUUGUCACAUCGAUUUCCACUAUGUCAAUGGUUUAGCAGUGGUUUUUGCAGAGGACCCGGAUAGUCUAAAAUCAAAGCCAACACCAGCGCCAGCGCCAGCGCCAAAGUGGAACUUAUUUAAUAGCUUCUACAAUCUCUGGAAACCACCAACUCCUCCGGCUCCCACGAACCCUCCAGCUGCCUGGAAUGAGCUCUGUCCGAUAUAUGACGCGCUUUCGGCAGCAGAUACCGAAGUCCAGCUCGUCCCGAGGAGUGGUGUAAAUCAUUUCCAUCAUGCGCAUCGUCAUUUCAAGCAUAGCUCCAGUGGCCUCCGAGGACUUGAACAGGGACCAGCUUGA